GUACGCUUCAACUAUAUGACGGGAAGGCAAGGUUAUCUGGGAGACAAUAGAGUUCUUAACCGGAAGAGACGCUGUAGAAGAAAGUGGUGGAGAUAGGCACGCCGCCACUCCGACACCAUCUAGCCAUCAGACAAGGACGGAGUGCGGACCCAGGAUGAAAUUGACGAGUCUGCUCUUUGUCUGCUUUCUAACUGAAUUGACGCAAGGAUUGGUGAGCGUCAGCAACGUUACAGCCGAGUGCAACGAGCCGCUGACGAUACACUGCAACGUGUCCACGUGGACGGACGGGUUCUCCGUCAAACAUAUGGAAUGGUCCCAAAACGGCGAGUCUUUGUGUCACGUGGACGGCAUGGGGGAAUUGAUCCACAGCAACGACACAAAAAGCCACAUCCGAUGCGAAUAUAAUAAAGGUCGUCUGUCGCUCAUCUUUGCAAAAGUGCAGCCGGAGGAUAGCGGCGCGUCAAAUCGCUACAUGUGCAAACUGCGUUCCAAUCGUGGAGUUUCACACGGGUAUAGCCGGAUAGAGCUGCAAGAGUGCUGCGGGAUGGUCAAAGGCAUUUUGUCCAAGGACGGCCCCGUCUGCACGUUCAGCCACGUUUAUCCAGACGGAGACGUGUCGUGGUCUUCCCAAAGGCGACAGUCGGAGGGACCUGUAAGGCAAAGUACUUUUAAAAGUGUGGAAGAAGGCGGCUGGGUAACCAUUCGUAGUCAGCUGGAAGGGAAUUCCGACGGGGAUUUCAACUGUACUCUGAUGAGCAUGGAAUCUGGUAGACGGAUGGAAUGUAAUUUGUCUGAGGGUGCUGAAUUUCUGAACGGGUACGGACUGAAAGUUCAGGGGUUCGCACAGAAAGCUGGGAAUGCUGCUGGAUCUCGGGAACCUUUGGUGACAAUUCUGCUGAUAUCUAUCUUACUUGUUGUCAUGCAAUUAUUUGCUUAAAUGAUUCAAGAAUAUUUGAGCGUGAUUAGACUCCAACUAUGGAAUACUUUUUUUCUGUCUACCAUCAGUCAUCUCCUUGUUUUUGUUGUUGUCACACAGCCACAAGUUUUGUUUUGGUGUGUUUUCUAUUUUGAUUUUUGAUUUGUUAGAUUUGGUUGAUUGGCUAUAUUGAUUCAUCCUGGUAGCUUGUUUGAGUUUGUUUUUUUGCUCAAAUAAAUUAUUUUUUGAGAUUC